AGUAAGAGAUGAAUUCGUACUUGACAUCCUCGAUGUGGGAGUAACAGGAACAGGUUGAUGCCCAACAUACUUAGCCAAUUCACACGACAAAAACAGUGGAAAUCAACACAAUCCUCGGACCCUCUUCCAUGGCUACUGUUUCUUCUCUUUGCGCUGUUUUUCCCAUACUCACACCAACCUUGUCGAAACCCCACUUGGCUCCCCUCUCUUGCCGAAUCCCAAAACGACGUCGUAUCAGUAUCAUCACCUCUGUUGCCGAGGAUCGAGAAAUAGUUCCGGUGUCUGAAGGCAGAGGAACCCGUUUGAACGAAGUUGAGGGGUUUCAACCUUCGGAGCCUCACACAGAGUCGGAGGUUGUUGUUUCGAGCCUCACAAGCAGUAGCUCCGUCAAUGCCAUCAUCGUUUUGGGGUUUGGGACUUUCGCUGUCACCAAGUUGCUCACCAUUGACCAUGACUACUGGCAUGGUUGGACCCUUUAUGAGAUUGUAAGGUAUAUACCUGAACACAAUUGGAUUGCCUAUGAGCAAGCUCUGAAAGCAAACCCAGUUUUGGCUAAAAUGGCUAUAAGUGGGAUUGUCUACUCAAUUGGAGACUGGAUUGCUCAGUGCUAUGAAGGAAAGCCUCUUUUUGAGUUUGAUCGGACACGGGUACUCAGAUCAGGUCUUGUUGGGUUUACUCUCCAUGGAUCACUUUCUCACUAUUACUACCAACUUUGUGAGGCUCUUUUUCCUUUCCAAGAAUGGUGGGUUGUCCCUGCUAAAGUUGCUUUCGACCAAACUGUGUGGUCUGCAAUUUGGAACAGCAUCUACUUUGUGGUUUUGGGCUUGUUGCGUUUUGAAUCUUUGACUAACAUAUAUGGAGAACUGAAGUCAACAUUCUUGCCCUUGCUUACUGCAGGGUGGAAACUUUGGCCUUUUGCGCAUCUGAUUACUUAUGGUGUGAUUCCUGUGGAACAAAGGCUUCUUUGGGUGGACUGUGUGGAGCUCAUCUGGGUCACAAUACUUUCAACCUAUUCAAAUGAGAAAUCAGAAGCUAGAAUAUCUGAGGCAGCAUCAGAAACAGGGUCAUCCACUUCAAGCGAAAAUUCCAAGGGAUAAACAAAUUGAGAAUAGGAGAAAAAACCAAUCUAGGUUCAUGGCAGUUGCAAAAUCAACCUCAACCUCAGCAAUGAAUCGAAGAAUCUAUCAGUUGAAGGUCCAGUUGAGCGACCUGAGGACAUGAGGUUUUGAUCUGAUUUUCAUACAGGAAUAUAUACAUUAUACAGUUACAGUUGCUGGUGGUACAUCCUUCUGGCUAAGAUCAACUAUUCAGGUUGCAGUGAUGAGAUACAUAGGUGAUUGUAUUAUGUACAUAUGAUAUAGAUGCAUUCAGAACUCAAGUUAAAUUAUGUUCCUUUUCUUGGGUUGUAUUGGAUUACCUUAUAUAUCCAUAUUUCUGUAUAAAAAAUAAUGCAUCUCAUAUAUAGUGAUGGAAAACGUUAAAAAAACUACACAACAUUCCCGCUGGAAUUUUAUUU